GCUGGGUGUGUGGAGCUGCAGCUCACGUGUGGGCCUCUGCAGGUGAGGAGACAUGGCCUGCGAGGCUCAGGGCAGUGGGCGGAAGCCACAGAGCCUGCGUUGGUGGAACUGGAUGGGCCGUCUCUGUGGCAGAGUGGGCACCGGUCUGCUCAGCCCACCCCCACUCCAGCAGCCUCAGGGUGGCCUGAACCAGUAUCCGCCUUGAGAGAAGGUGGGGAGGCCUGGAACCGCGUGCCUGGGGGGUCACACACAGCACACAGGCUCAGAGCACAGCCACACACUGCACACAAAGACCCCGUACCUUCCGGAAGGGUCAUGAAAUCUAGCAGCCAACACCAGCCCCGGCCACCCGAGGCCCAGCUGUGUCUCCAAAGCCCUGCCAGGCAGCAGCCUCCCAGCCAAGCCUGCCAGCUGGAGAGAGUCCCGACUGCCGCCAGCUCUCCUCAGCGUCCCAGCGGGCAGGAUGAGCUCUUCCACCCUCUUCUCACAGCAGGGAGAUGCUGGCCUCUGCCACGCUCCCUCGUGACUCCACCCCCGUGGCCCAGCCAGUGCUGCCACCAGCAAGCGGCUCUGUCCUGCAGCGGAGGGGACUGAAGCCGUCGGCAGGAAGGCCUGUUGGAACCCCGGGACGACUUCAUGGCGGCUGAGGAGAUGCACUGGCCUGUCCCCAUGAAGGCCAUAGGUGCCCAGAACCUGUUGACCAUGCCCGGUGGUGUCGCCAAGGCUGGCUACCUGCACAAGAAGGGUGGCACCCAGCUGCAGCUGCUCAAAUGGCCCCUGCGUUUUGUCAUCAUCCACAAGCGCUGCAUCUACUACUUCAAGAGCAGCACGUCUGCCUCCCCGCAAGGCGCCUUCUCUCUGAGUGGCUACAACCGGGUGAUGCGGGCGGCUGAGGAGACGACAUCCAACAACGUCUUCCCCUUCAAGAUCAUCCACAUCAGCAAGAAGCACCGCACGUGGUUCUUCUCGGCCUCCUCCGAGGAGGAGCGCAAGAGUUGGAUGGCCUUGCUGCGCAGGGAGAUUGGCCACUUCCAUGAGAAGAAGGAGCUGCCCCUGGACACCAGUGACUCGAGCUCCGACACAGACAGCUUCUACGGUGCGGUGGAGCGGCCUGUGGACAUCAGCCUUUCUCCAUACCCGACGGACAGUGAAGACUACGAGCAUGAGGAGGAGGAAGACUCAUACCUGGAGCCCGACUCCCCAGAGCCUGUGAAGCCCGAGGAUGCCCUGACUCACCCACCGGCCUACCCACCACCCCCAGUGCCCACGACCAGGAAGCCAGCCUUCUCUGACUUGCCCCGUGCCCACUCCUUCACCUCCAAGAGCCCAAGUCCCCUGCUGCCACCCCCACCACCUAAGCGUGGCCUCCCAGAUGCUAAUCCAGCUUCUGAAGACACUAAGAGGGACCCACUGGGCCCGAGGUGGGCUGAACCUGGCCUCAGGGUGCCUGCCACUUCCCGAAGGAUGAGCGACCCCCCAGUGAGCAGCAUGUCUGUUGGGCCUGGCCUCCGGAAACCGUGCUUCCAAGAGGGUGCCAGCUCCAGCCCAGAACCAUGGACCCCUGGCCAUGGGGCCAGCCCUGCCUCCAGCUCUGCCACCAUGUCCACUGCCGCCUCCAGGAACUGUGACAAGCUCAAGUCCUUCCACCUGUCUCCCCGGGGGCCACCCACAUCUGAGCCUCCGCCUGUGCCUGCCAACAAGCCCAAGUUCCUGAAGAUAGCUGAAGAGGUCCCCCAGAGGGAGACGGCCAAACCUGGACUCUUUGUGCCCCCCGUGGCUCCCAGGCCUCCUGUGCUGAAGCUGCCCGUGCCUGAGCCCACUGCCCGGUCCACUGCGCUGCCCAAGCCGGAGAAACCGCUGCUGCCCCACCUCCAGCGAUCACCCCCUGAUGGGCAGAGUUUCAGGAGCUUCUCCUUUGAAAAGCCACGGCGACCCUCACAGGUUGAUGCAGGCGCGGAGGACUCGGACGAGGACUAUGAGAAGGUGCCACUGCCCAGUUCGGUCUUUGUCAACACCACGGAGUCCUGUGAAGUGGAGAGGCUGUUCAAGGCCACAAGCCCCCGGGGAGAGCCUCAGGACGGACUGUACUGCAUCCGGAACUCUUCCACCAAGUCGGGGAAGGUUCUGGUUGUGUGGGAUGAGUCCUCUAACAAAGUGAGGAACUACCGCAUCUUUGAGAAGGACUCUAAGUUCUACCUGGAGGGCGAGGUCCUGUUCCUGAGUGUGGGCAGCAUGGUGGAGCACUACCACACCCAUGUGCUGCCCAGCCACCAGAGCUUGCUGCUGCGACACCCAUAUGGCUAUGCUGGGCCCAGGUGACACCUGGCCCACGUGACCACCGAGGUGAAGCAGCCAGGGGCCACAGCCACGUACCACACAGAUGGAGCCUCACCUGCGUGGGAAGAUGAGCUGGAGGGAGGGCUGUGCUUGAGGCUGGGCCUCAGGCACCUUGUAAAACCUGGCGGGCCCACUCAGCAGCUGGGUUCCGCGCUGGACCGGGACCCAGCUCCAGAGGACUCGGGUGUCUCUUCAGGCCUACACAGCCUCUCCCUCCCUCCCAGGAAUCUGGGCUUCAAGGACUAGAAGUCUGGGCCCACAGCACACCAUCCUGCAGUGGGCUGGGAGCCAGGCAAGGCUGGGACAGUGGUGGGGGCUAGGGCUGGCUCUGGACUCCCCCGGAACAGUAAGAACUCAGGCUCCAGGAGGGACCCUUGCCUCCCAAUAAAUCAGAGAUGAUCUUUGCCUCGG